GUUUGUUCCUCUAUGUAUAUUCUCUUUAACAUCUUUUGAUAGAUUCAGUUGACAACUUGGCACUAACCGUCCAAAUUUUAUGCAAAUCAAUUAAUACAUUUUUAAAUUAUCGUUUUUUUAAACCAGCGUAAGGCCUUGAUACUAAAUUUUCUGCAAGAAAUGCCCGCUCCGCAAUUUGACGACUGGCAAGCCUGUUACAGGCCUGAUCUGUGCUACUCACUUCUAAGGGUGCUGAAGAUGUCUCAUAUGCCCAUUGACAGGAGUUAACGAGUUGCCAUGUCGGGGGAAGGGAUGGUGGCGGUCGUGCAGAGUCUGCGGGACGCUCGGUUAGCUGUCACGGUGGUGGACGGCAGCCGGAACAAGUUCAGCCUAGUGCCAAAUGCUGCUGAACGUGUCAUGCAGCCGCAGAAUCAUUCGAAGUACCAGAUCCAGUAUCAGCAGAAUACGUCAUCGGCCACCGAUCCGCCGAACCUGCGGUGCGACUCCAGCGCGCAGGCCACUGAUGGAAGAUAUGCUAGCAUGUAUCAGACGACCCACGGCAAUGUGGAGCCAACUUCACCUCCAUGUGAAGUCACGGAGUUUCCACCACAGCGCGUGGAACUCUGCCCAGGUCGUGAAAACUUCGAAGUGGGUGGCCUUGGCAGCGGCGAGACUUGCCGGAUUCCUAUCAGGCCGCAGCAGGGACCAUACCGGUGCGGGACGGGCUGGGUGGGCGGAGGUACAAUGUUCUCGCCGAGGAGUUCGCAGCAAUCAGACGCCUUCGCCAGCUCGCUGAGGAAGUACCCGACCUCAUCUCCGGACAGGUCCUCAGAAUUGUUGGAGAGGCUGGUCACUUACAGCCAAGCUAAGAAUUUCUCAAGAUAUCAAGGCAGGUGUUCACCUAACCGCUGUCCAGCUGCGGAGUCUGAUGUGUACCAGUACGCUGAGAGGAGUCCGCGAAGGAACAGGUGGGAGGAGAUGAGGAGCAGGACCAGGAUUGACGAAUACCCUACCAGGGAUGGACGACCCAGGAAAGAGGAGUGUGAAAGGAGAAUUUACAACAGAACCUAUGACGUUAGAUGCGUCCGAGAAGUCCCCAGAACCAAAGACAGCUUCAGACCAAACGAGUUCUACCAGCACGAUGUUAGAGACGGCUUCAGUAUGCCUGUAUACCCACGGAAGUUCGGUAUGCCCACUUCUGUUCACACGGAGACACAAUCAAUCUCCAUGUGCUCAAAGGAAGUGACCACAGUUCCGAGAUCAGCGCCUGUGAAAAAAAAUGUAGCUGUCCCCCGCUCAGCGUCUGUCAGUACCAUCGGACAGCCAGAAGAGGCACCGCCAUUAGCUGAUGAAAAUUAUCAAGUUUAUAGAGUAUUUGCUUUGUUACAGGUAAAUCCGGCGUCUAAAGAUCAUGACAAGAAUAAUGAUGAACGAACAAGACAUUUAAUCAAUAAAUCUAUUCAAGCUGAAUGUAGAAAAUAUCAUAAAAUAAAGAAAUGCAAGUCGCAAGAAGAUGCAAAAGAAAAGUUAAACCAUAAUGUUUAUAGCUGUCUUCAGUUAUAUCAUGUCAAUGGAGAAGUGUGGAGAAAGAAUAUACGGACUGGCCAUAUAACGCCUGAGGAGGAGAAAAAAAUUAAAAAGAGACUAAACAAAUGUUUAAAUUUGGUAUCAAGUCAACUGGCAGAAAUUGAUGACAACAAAAAGAAAUUGAAAGAAGAUUUGACUAAAAUGCUCGUUAAGAAACUGACUAAAACAUAUUUGAAUACAGAAUUUAGUAGAGUCGUUUCUCCCGUUGCCGUAUUUAGAGUGGAAGUUCCAAGUUAUGUUAUAAAAGACAAUAAUGAUGAAUUGAGGACAAAAAUAGAUGAUUGGCUGAAAAUAAUUCCUAUUAAAAGAAGAAAUUCAUUAGGCGUAUCGAUUGAAAAGCAAGAAAUUUUAGAAUGUAUCUUGAAUAAAAUAAAGCCAAUAAUUUCAAACAAAUAUCAAAGUAAGGAAUCUCGUCAACACAAUAUUAAAAUACAAAUAUUGGAGGUUUUAGAAGAUUUGCCUGUAGUGACCAAGAGGAAUGGUAAAACUAGCAGUUUGAACAGAUAUGCCAACAUGUUGAUCGAAGACAUACUUAAUAUGGACUGCGAUUUAAAAGACAAAAGUGAAAACGUAAAUGUUGAUAUUUUUAUUCGUGAGGAAAUUUUGAAAUUUCUUGAAAAGGUAAAUUUAUGUUACAGCAAAGAGAUAAGAGACAGUGAAAGGUAUUUAGUGAAUAUUUUAAAGCAAUCUUUGUUAUUGGAUAGUUUUGAAAACACGCAUAUAAAAGAAGAUUUAAGUGCUGUACUUCAGAAUAUUGGAAAAUGGCCGAAUCAUCAGGCUGAUUAUUUUGUUAAUACUCUUUUGAGGCAUUUUAAUCACUAUAUUGAUUGUUACGAUAAUGACGUAGAAGAUGAAACACAGCAUGCGUCCUCCUAUGAUUCUCCUGCAAGUAAUGAUUGUUAUAAAUGCUACCAAAUAACGACGGAAUAUGAAGAUAUAGACAACACGUUAAGUCAAUCUGUAGACAUUGAAAUUAUAUAUAAAGAUCAACUUACACAAGUCGUUACCGAUUGGUUGGUAGAUAUGGACUUUCAGAUUCCAACAAAUAGUAUGCUAAAAUCAGAAAACAGAAUAGUUACAGAUCUUGUUGACGGUAUAAUUUCUAAAAGCAUGUUGUUUUCCAAAACCAAAGACCCAGAUGACGGCCAACUUCUCAAAUUCCAGAUUUUUGAGUGGUUUAACAACGAAUUUGGCGAUCAUGAUGUUGGUUUUAAUAAUAUAACUGAAUUGAUUGAUAAAAUUAGUGAUCUGUCAGUACCUGGACAUAUAAAUAAUUUAAUAAUUUAUCAAUCGAGUAGCUCAAAGAAAAAAAGUGACACAGCAAACCAAAACUCAUCACUACCCUACGAAGAUAAAUUGGUUGAUGAAAUUUAUACUUGGCUUCAUGAUUUACCAGCAAAUAUGCAUUCAUCUCAAGAUGCUACUUUAGAAAAUCAAUUAGUAAAAGAUUUGGCUAGUAACAUAGAAAAAGGACUAGAAGCAAAAGGGAAUCGUUCAAAAGUUAUAGAUAGCGAAGUGAAUGACUGGAUAAAGCAUGCUUUAGUUGGAAAACCUAAAGAAUCUGUUACAAAUAAGUUAAAGAAAAGAAUAAAAAAUGUGCCAUAUGAGAGAAGAACUGUUUCGUACGAUUACAAAUCGGAAAGAAAAUUUAUAAGACAAUAUGAAGACCUAAUCGACGACUGGCUAAAUACUAUUCCUCUAGAACCACGCAAAGAAUUAGACUUCAUGAAAAUACGAGAAGAUUCCAUUCAUGAUUUGGCUAAGAAAAUGUUUGUAAUAAAAAAUACUGGGCCAACUGACUCUGAUAAAAUCACUAAAAAACUCGAAAAUGUCGCGUCAGAUUGGUUGAAAAAAAUACCAAUACACCCUCGUAGCGACAGAAAAGCUUUUAGAGAUCAAUACGCUGCGAAAUUAAUAAAUGAUAUUCAAACCAAAACAAUAAAUGAUACAAAAGCCAAUAAUGACGAAUCAUCGUUUGGUGUAGAAAAAAUGACUGAUAUUGAAUUAAACACAGGUUUGCUAGAAGCUGCAGCUUUAGACUGGUUAAAAAAGUCUUCUCUUUACCGAGACAGUGGUACACAUAAUAAAAAAACACUAGAAACACAUAUGAAAGAAUUUGCUAAAGAAUAUAUUACAACUGCAUAUGCCGGUAAAAAUACAGAAGCAGUAAUGAUGAAAUAUGUACGUAUGUUGUAUGAAGGUACAAACACUGAUGACAAUUUCAUAUAUAAUCAAUGUUUGCAGCUCAAAAAUUACUUACUAUCUAACUUAGACCCUGAUUUAUCAAAAAGUAUUAAUCUCGAUGAUAAAGAGACAUAUAAAAAUGCGCCAUACCGUAAUGGUACGAGAAAAUCACCACCUAAAAGUAUUGAAAUAAUUCGCAGUGCAAUAUUAAAUUGGAGUACAAAAUUACCUUUGAAACCUGAUUAUAAUCAUGAAGAUUUUAUGUCUUUAGUAAAUCAAAUGGUAAGAGAUGUAGCCUCAUUGAUUGUACAUCCAAAACACAGUAUAGCUGAUGACAAUGAGGAUGAAAUCAAACAAAUAAUAUUUGAUUAUGUAGAAAAGUUUCCUAUAAAACCUGAUAUUAAAAUGGACCAAAGAUGUGACAUGAUGGUAGAUCUUUGGAAUGUUCUGCAAGGUAUAAGUUUGUACAGAGAUGAUAACAUUUCCCAUACUAGACCGGAAAAUGAUUCUAUGUUUAGAAAUAAUCAGCAAGUUACUAGCAAUAAUGAAGCUCUGAAUGAUACACAUUCUAGAGAUUAUCCAAAUAUAAAUUCUGGUACGUUCAAUAGUUCACUGAAAGAUAUGAGUCCUGCCAACCCAAGCAAUGUAGGAGGAAAUUUUAAUAUAAUUACAGAAGGAAAUGGUAGAAGAAAGAGUGCACCCGCUGCUUUAACAAAUCCUAGUUCUGCUUCUCCAACGAACCAAAGGAGAGUCAGCGCUCCUUCUGCUAUUACAUCUGACAAAAUACCAGUCCAACGGAUGACCACAGAACAAAUAUACGAAGAGUUUGAUCAGGUUUUUAAUCGCUAUUGCCAAGAAAUUCCUCUAGAUAUUUCAACGGAUGAAAAGAUAUCGAUGGCCAAUAUGGCACGUCAAGUGUUCCGAAAUGGCAUUUGGAAGGCCUAUUUUGCACUCAAGUCAGACGAAGAAAUAUCAGACAACUACGACUAUUUUAGAUAUCUUAUUGAAGAAAGACUUAGGCAAAUGUUAGAUGUGAUUUUGCCUCAGUCUGACGAAAUGGUGCAAUUCAAAGAAACGUUUUUAAACAAAAUAUCAGACGAUGUUGUCAAUUUAUUGAAAAUUACCCACAAAUUAACGGAUCCGCCGAUGUUAAAGAAUUUUAUUAGAUACAAAUUAGAUAGAAGAACAGCCCGACAAGAAUACCAAGAAUAUCAAGAUUGGACUAAACAUUUACUUAUUCAAGAUAUAAUUAAUGAACAUCUUCUAUUUAUCAACUACAAAGAAACAGACCCUGUCAAAGCCAAUAUAUAUAGAAAGCGGCUAUCAAAAGUAAUAAAUGAAUUAAUAAAUUAUAUACGAAAUCUGAAUGCAACACAACCGCAAUAUAUCAAUGAAGCAGCCAUGCGACUAUACAUUAACGAAACUCUGAAAAAUAUGCCUGCUAUUGAUAAGGAGAUUUUAAAAGAUGAAGUUGAUGAAAUACUACUCACCCAAGAAAUAGAACAAUGGUUCAAAAACUUGCCUACAAAUUUUAUGCCCAACUAUGAACAUAGAGAAGAACUAAAACGUAGAUGGUGCGAAGUAUUAGCACAUAAAAUUCAUCAAAUUGAGAGAAAUAGAAUCGAUACAGAAGAUUCGCACGCCGAAAGAGAAUUGAGGCAAGAAAUAUCCCUAUUUUUAGGCAAUAAGGCUAAUUUAAGUCCAGAUGAUAAUUUGAACAUCAAUUUGAUGGUUGAAGAACUUGCGAAUAGAUUAAAGAAUCUUAGAGACAAUAAAUUGGCAGAAUAUGAUUCGUUUAGUAAAGAAAAGCCAGUUUCCUCUACUUUAGCUCAAAUUGAUCCCAAAGAUAUUAUUUUUAACGAGAACAUUAAUGAAAAGUCCAUAUUAGCACCAGAAGUACAAAAUCAAGGAAAUCACACUGCAAGAGAAAAUAUGUGUCAUGUUAGACAACCAGGAAUUUUAGGUACAAGUCAAGUGGCUGGUCCAAGUAGGCAAAUGCCAAAUUAUCCUCAAGCUAAUCCGACAAACAUCCACAGCCCCGCACAAAACAGAAUAUCACUAGAUCAGAACAACAGCGUGAUUCUACAAAGAGAUCGUAAAGUAUCUUUUGGUCAGCAAAAUUGCACACCACCAGUCAUAAAUGCCUAUCAAGAUCAAAAUCGAAUAGACAAUAACGUCAACGAAUCCAUACGAAAUAACAAUAUCAUGUUAUCAGAAUGCGUCCAUCCUGAAAUUGAUAAUCGAAUGGAUCAAUCAGGACGGCAAUCGAACGGAAGACCCCUACAGCAAAGUCUACGACCUUCUGCGCAGGAAAGACUUAGUCGGGGAUCAUCUGGCCAAGAACCAUUAUCGAGGGCGACAGCGUCUACAGCUAGAGCAACAACUGACCAAAGAAAUGAAGAUCCAAACGCGGAUGACGAAGACGUAGGAUACAGAUGUAGAUGUUUAGAAAGACUUUCAAGGUGCGCGAGACGGUUUAGGCCCUUCAUGUUUCACCCGAUGCCUUUUCCGUGUAGAUUUUUCCAAGAAGAACAGUAAAAAAUGGUUGUAUACGGAAAUAUAUUACAAGAUAUUGGAUUAGAUCGUAUUUGUCUUUUUUUGCUUUCAAAAUGUAAUUUUAUUUAUUUUAUAGCCUGUACUUUGUGUCCCACUGCUGGGCAAAGGCCUCCCCUUAGGUCUUCCAAAGAUCU